CCCAUCUAAUAUCCACCCACCACUCCUCCUCCUCCUCCUCCACCACCACCACCGCUACAGCCACCCUUCCCCGCCGUCACCUUUCUCUUCACAUUCCUCUCCCUAAGUAAAACCGACACAUUUCUUCCCGGAAACCAAAAACUAUUUUGUUACAUCGAGAAUGGCUUCUUUCGGGGCAUCAGCAGCAGCUGCAACGCCACCAACGGCGGUCCCGCGGUCGCCGUGGCACUCUCCGGUUCCGUACCUCUUCGGCGGACUGGCGGCCAUGCUUGGUCUCAUUGCCUUCGCUCUCUUGAUCCUGGCGUGCUCCUACUGGAAGCUCUCCGGGUACCUUGAAAACCGGGGAGACGGUGAGAGGGACCUCGAGGCAGGAGAGGCCGAAGGAGGAGAAGGCGGCGCUAAGCCAGCACCACCGGUGAUGGAAGAGAAGUUCCUGGUGAUCAUGGCCGGCCAAGAAAAGCCAACUUUCUUGGCCACCCCGAUGUCGAGUAGAGCGUCAUCGUUUGGUAGCAAGAGCACGUGUAGUACGAGCACCAGCAGUGAGAAUUCUGCUCUCUCAGAAGAAGAUUGUGGAGAAAAGCAGGCGGAAAAUGGUGGACAGAUUGAGAUAGGAAACAUGGAGGCUCAUGAAUCCGCAGCACCACCACCAGAUCAGAGCCAUUGAUUUUUUGUUGUAUUUUUGGGAUGAUCUUUUUUUGGAUUUACCCCCGUGUGGGUAGUUUCAAAAUUUGGUAGGGUUGAUUUUGGUUUCCUGUUAGGGUUUCUUACGGAAAUGUAAAUAAUUUUUGGAGAACGAAGAAUGGGAAUAUAAAUUAGUAUUUAUA